AGUAUCCUAGCGUUUUUGGGAGACUAUGAUUCCUCAGACGUUAAAAACCAAAAUCCAGACGCAUUUAUUCAACUCCAAAUUACAAAACCCAAAUGGAGACCACAGUACUCCCCUCCUUCCUCUCCAUCUCCAUCUCCAUCUCCUUCCUCUUCUUCACCUACACAGCUUCGUCCGUAAUCAUCUGCCCUUCUUACUCCUGCGACGAGACCGGACCCGUGAUCCAAUUCCCCUUCCGGAUCAAAGGCUUCCUGCCCGACCGCUGCGGCUACCCGGGCUACGACCUCACCUGCAACAACAUCAACCAGACGAUCCUCACCCUCCCCUACUCCGGCGACCUCGUCGUCAAGGAGAUAGACUACGACAACCAGUGGAUUUACAUCAACGACCCGGACUCGUGCCUCCCCAGACGGAUCCUCCUCGACUUCAACCUCACGGGAUCCAUUUUCAGACCGAACUACUCCGAAAACUACACUUUCUUCAACUGCUCGGCGUCCAAGUGGCCCGACUACAUCAUAACCGGAUCCGGGCCCGUGUUAUGCCUGGGGAGUGCUAACUUUACGGUUAUAGCGUUGGACGCCGGGGAUAUGGAGAACGCGAGCAGCAGUGUGCCUCCGUUUUGUAGGGAGCUUUCGACGGUCGCGUCUCCGGUUCAGCUGACUCCGGUGAAUCCGAUCCCCGAUGCGACGCUGAGGUGGAAGAUGCCGAAUUGUUUGGGUUGUGAAGCCGCGGGUGGGACCUGCGGGUAUGUGGGGGAAACGGGGAGUGAAAUUGGAUGCUUCUUUUUUGAUACCGGCAGUACUGGUGAUAGCAACCGUGGCCUACCAAGGAGUGCAAAGUACGGGAUCAUCAUAGGAGUUGGAAUACCUGGGCUUGUUUGCCUUAUUGCGCUUGUAUGUUACUGUUGUGGCAAGGUCAGGACGUACGGUCAGCGUCGCCGACUUGAUGCUCAACUCUCUAAUUUGACAAGCAAUCCGCAGCCCAUGGUCAUCAUAACGGGCCUUGAUGGGCCCACAAUAGAGUCAUACCCAAAGACGGUGAUUGGAGAAAGCCGGAGAUUGCCCAGGCCCAAUGAUGGCACUUGCCCAAUUUGCCUGGCAGAGUACCAGCCCAAAGAGACCUUAAGAACCAUACCGGAAUGCAACCACUAUUUUCAUGCUAAAUGCGUUGACGAAUGGCUCCGGAUGAAUGCCACGUGUCCCUUGUGUCGGAACACACCAUCGGAAUCAUCCGUCAUGACACCCUCCUCAUCAGUGUCAUCAUCGUCGUCGUUGUCAACAUCAUCCUAGAGUAGCUAUAUUUUUCCAUCAUUCAGUCAACAAUAUUGUAUGUAUAGAGUGUAGCAUAGAAAAUUUCCUUUUUGGAGGGAGAUUUGAGAGAUUGCUUUUUAUAUUUUUGAGAAGAGGGUGAUUUUGGUGAUCCAUUGCUUGAUUAUGCAAGUGGCAAAUAGAUUAAAGUAGGGAGAAUCAACAAAAGUGAAUUGGACAACUAGGAUACUUACAAUCUGGUCCAUUUUGUUUCACAGCCAGAAUAUGUUUUGUCACUAUGAAGUCCCAUAAUGGGCCUAUCUUGAUUGGUGGUGUCUUUGAACUUGGUCACCUGUACAGCCCAGACCUGUUUUUAUAAGCAUUUGCAUAUUUCUUCAUCGUCUGCUGAUCAACAUUGAGGUAUUAAGGCAUAUGGUAUCAAGACUCGAGAGAGAGCGAGAGUUCUCUAGAGAGAGAAAGAGAGCCCCAUGGUGGGUUCCCCUCCUCCCCCCUCUGCCCCACUUCCCUUCCUCACCCCUCCGCCCCAUCUCCCCUCUUCCUUCUUCUCGUUCCCUCCGUUCCCCUCCUGUCCAGUUCUCUCUCUCCUCUUUUCUCCCCUCUCUCCUGCAGUCUCUUCCUCCAUGGGUGAGGGUUGAGAGCAUUCUCCUCACCAUGAUUUUUGGACUCAGGAACCAGAUUUAGUGUGCUGGAUCUGGGUCUUUGGAAGCAGCUCUGCGGCAACAGUGGCGUCAUCCGGCAGCGGCUUCUCCAGCGGGCAUGUGCUCAAUUGGUGCAGCGAGUCUAUCUCGAGAGCUACUCUCCCCAUACCUGGCCUCUCCCUUGACCACUCCACCUACCCUCACAAGUGUGAUCAAUGGGUCCGGCUCCGGCGUUUUUGGCUCUUGGCGGCUUUUUGUUUUUGUUUUUUGUUUUUAUUUUUGUUUGUUGUUUAGGUGUGUUGUUCUUGUAAUUUGGACCGGUAGUGUCCUUUAUAUAUAUAUGAUAUGAUAUGUUUCUGCCUUGAUCAAAAAAAGAAAAGAAAAGGCAUAUGGUAUCAAA